UGUAUUUUGGCCGGAAGUCCUUUGAGUACCUGCAGUGGCGUAGGCGGAUAGAUGAGCACUGCAACAAUGGCAGCUCCCAGUAGGAAACAGACAUUAAGAUUUCUCAGCCAGCUAGGAGCGUUUAUUUUAACCCGGUUCGGAUUUUGGAACUGCUUCAGCAUGUUGAUGCUGUUUGCUGAACGAGCGGACUCAAAAAGGAAGCCAGACAUCCAUGUACCAUACCUGUAUGUGGACAUGGGGGCUGCAGUGCUCUGUGCCAGCUUCAUGUCAUUUGGGGUGAAGAGGAGGUGGUUUGCAAUGGCCGCUGCCAUACAACUGGCCGUCAGCACGUACGCAUCGUAUGUUGGAGAACAGGUGUACUAUGGGGACUGGCUUAAGGUACGAAUGUAUUCCAGAGCACUGGCGAUUAUUGGAGGCUUCCUGAUUCUGGCCAGUGGGGCUGGGGAGGUGUACAGACAGAAACCUCGCAGCAGGUCCCUGCAGUCUACUGGACAAGUUUUCCUGGGGGUCUACCUCAUCUGCAUGGUGUACUCGCUCCAGCACAGCAAAGAGGACCAGCAGGCCUAUCUGAACCACAUCGUGGGAGGAGAGAUCACUCUGAUGCUGCUGGAGGUGCUGUUUGGGGUGCUGGCUCUGGCCUUCCUCUCUGGCUGCUACAUCCGCCUGGCCGCGCAGAUCCUGGCCACCAUCCUUCCUCUGGUGAUCCUGCUCAUUGACGGCAACCUGGGCUACUGGCACCACACUCGCAAGGUGGAGUUCUGGAACCAGAUGAAGCUGAUAGGACAUAACGUGGGCAUCUUCGGCGCUGUGCUGAUCCUGGCUACUGACGGUUGAACCCUUGGGCUCUCACAGACAACUUUUACAGACCGAGGUGUCUGCGCAGGAUGAGAUUGUUGGCCUUUACGUCAAAGCCCGACUUUGUACUCCAAACUGCAGUCGCUCAGUGACCUCUCAGGAUCCAAGCUUAGACUGUUGGAUGUAAGCAGCGUCGAUUGUCUUUGCCCUCCAGUUGGUAUCUUUGCUUUUGCAAAAAAAAAAAGAAAAAACACGAGCUUCCUUUUUCGAUUGAAUAAUUUAUUCAGAUUCAUGUUUACAUUUUUGUCUCUUGUUAUGCUCUAAAAGAUGAGAUGAGUAUUGAUACUGUAUGAGUAAUGAUACUAAUGUUUUACACUAUAGUUUAAAUAUUUUAUAAAUAAAGGGAAACUUAAAAUUUAAA